CCCAACUCAGACGGAAACAAUUCUGCAGUAAUUCGCAAACAACAAAAAACCGAAGCAAUUGAAAACUCAAACAAAAAAUAACAACAACCAAACACAGGAGAGUGGGGAGCGGACAGGACGCGGAAAGGACAUGCAGAAAGCCGAGUGAAAGCGCGAGUGCAGUCGUGUGAAAAUUGUUGUAUCGAAAUGUGCAUGAAAAUGUGGCCCACAAAACAAUUAGCAGAAUAAGCUAAAAGCACGGGGAGGCAAACAGGAUGUCAAGGACUUGAGGCUGCGGCGUGGCAGCGUGCUGUGACUUAGACGGGACUUAGAGCGCAUCGGGCGCUUGGCCAAGUGUCGCCAAGAUGCGUGCCUACUACACUACGAAGGAUAUGCGAAAAUACGGCGACUUGAGCUAUGAGAGCAAGUACCUAUUGGAUCCAAAGUUUAUGACCAAGAGGGAUCUGCAGCAGUACUAUCGCUAUUACAACAUGAAGAAGGGCCGCGGCCACUUCAAGAAGGUGGUGAUUGUCAUCUUCUGCCUCUGCGUGUUCUCCUACCUGUGCGUGGACUACAAUCUCAGGACGGCGCUGCUGCGCUUUCGCGACGGCUUUGAUUUCAUGGCUCGCAUCGAGGACCGCCGCGGAAAUGUGACCACCGCCUAUUUCGUAGACACGCCUGGCUGCCGGAUGCCGCACUUUGAGGUCAACGACGACACCAUCGAACAGUUCAUAUACAAACCGCGCCAGUUCAGUUGCGGGAAGACGCUGCUUCGAAGCAGCGAUACAGUGCCCGGGCGGCUGCACCUCGAUUUGGACGCCAAGGAACUGCUUGUCCACUACAACAUUACGGACCUGUCCGCCGUGAAGUGCAACUACAAGGAGGUGACACGGAAGACGGAUUCAAAGAACAAUUACGGUCCGCGAGUGAACUUCUCCCUGGAUAAGGUGGUACAGCUGUCGCCGAAUGCGGAGUUCCUAUGCCUAUGGUGCUAUGACGCCCAUGGAAAGUGCAUAUUUAAGGACUGCCACUUCUUUGCGGUGGAAAAGCCGCGAAUUAAGCCAGUGUCAAGGAAAGGAGCCAACCAAGGGAGCUUUAAUGCCAGCAAAGAGGUUGGCCAGGAACGCUUAUCUGUGAUGAUCCUGGGCCUGGACAGCAUGUCCCACCUUAACUUCCUGCGCCAGAUGACCCGAUCGGCAAACUACAUUCGAAAGAACCUCUCCCACGUCGAAAUGUGGGGCUACAACAAGGUGGGCGACAACACCUACCCAAACGUAGUGCCCCUGCUGACCGGCCUGGACGACCAGGAACUAGGUCUCGCCUGCCCGACGAGUUCAAAGUUCUUUGACAACUGCUCCUUCAUAUGGAAGCGCUUUCAGCAGCUGGGCUAUCGCACCGCCUUCGGCGAAGAUGUGGUAGCUCUAUCGACAUUCACUUUAGACCGGAGUGGCUUCAACAAGCAACCCACAGAGUACUAUAUGCGAGCCGUUAUGCUGGAGAUGGAGCGGGAGCUGGCCUCCGAGCAGAAGCUUAACAUGUUCCUGUGCAUGGGCUGCCGGCGAACGGCGGAUGUCCUGCUCGAGUACAUACGGAAGCUGGUGCCGCGACUCAGCCAGGAUCUAUCUUUCUCGUUCUUCUGGACGUCGGCCCUCACGCAUGACUACUUCAAUUACCCGGCUAUGUUGGACCAGGCCCUGCUGGACCAGUUGAAGCAGCUGCAGGAGUCCGGUCUGCUUAAUCGCACGGUGGUGAUGCUGAUGUCCGACCACGGCCUGAGGUGGGGAUCCUUUCGGCGGACCUACCAGGGAAUGAUGGAGGAGCGCCAGCCCUUGAUGAUGAUGCUAUAUCCUCCAUGGAUGAACGAUCGUUAUCCGCAGGCGAUAGCUAAUCUAAGGCUAAACGCUCGCCGGCUGACCACUCCCUUCGAUGUGUACUCGACCAUGUUGAGUCUGAUGAAUCUGGGGAAGCUGGAGGCGGAUCAAGUGCAGCGACAGGCAGCAGAACUGGACGAGCCGGACAGCACCAUGCCCAGGGGCAUUAGUUUGUUUCUGCCUGUGCCAGCGGCGAGGACCUGCGAGCAGGCGGGGAUCGCCUCCCACUGGUGCACCUGCCAUCAGCGCCAGGAGCUGCAGACGAACGAUGCUAGGGUACAAAGGGCGGCACGCUACCUUGUGCGCCUGAUCAACCACCGACUAAAGGGCAACCCGCAGUGCCGUACCCUCUUCCUGAACUCCAUCCUGCAGGCCUUCAUCGCUGCGCCGCACUCCAAGAUCCUGAAAGAAAUCUCCACCGACUAUGCGGUGGACAUCACCCUGCGCCUGCAGACGAAACCCGGCCUGGGUGUCUUUGAGUCCACGAUACGGAUGUCGGGCUACAAGAGUGUGCUCACGGGAACCAUCAGCCGACUGAACCUGUAUGGAAGCCAAAGCUACUGCCUCAACGACAACAACCUGAAGAUGUUCUGCUAUUGUCACAGAUAAAGGGGGAGCAAAGGGAGGCCAUCCUCCUCGGGUGUUGUGGGAUUUGGACUGUUCCGCAAAAGACUUGAUACUUGAUACCCAUGAACGUAGCCUUAGCCACCAAAAAGAAACUUAUUUCUAUGAAAUAGCCACUGUUUGUAAAAAUGUUAAUUCAAUCUUAGCCUUUGUCGUAAGGACUUCCCAGUCUUGGGUACACCUAUGUAGUCACGGUAUUAGCGUAGCCGAUUUAUUCAUUUUCCAUUAAAUUAGAGGACAAUAAGCCGACA